UCGGGCCACCGGAUGCUCCAAAGAAGGAGGAUCUUGAUGCAUCUGUAUGCCUGAUAACACCAGAUAAAUUCGAGGGAGGGCCCUCAAGAGCAAAUCUUGGAAGUACUAGCAAGCCUGUACGCAGAGAACUUUUCUUAGCGAUGCAGCAAGGCACCCCGCCUUUGCUUCGGCAAAAGAAAGGGAUAAAUCUUACAUUCCCAGCUGUCACUCCGCCCCAAGCCACAGAAAACCGCAAGAAACGCAGAAUAAUCCUUCGUUUACAGCGUUCUGAACCAGCAACUUUUGCUCGUACCGCUUCAGGCCAUGUUUUGGAUGAUCUGGUACCUUUCGUUCCAACCAGCGUGGAUCAGAGACAGCCAGAUCAGUUGCCACAUGAUGCAUUCCGUAAAACUGCUCUUGUUGGUACAGGGUCAGCUGCCCAGUCUCCGACACCGCCGGACAUUAAAAAUUGUGGUACGUCAACUAUCAAAGAAACAGCCACUGUGGCUGUGAAGGAAAGGUCCCCUUAGUCCCUGGAAGUUGGCGGGUGCGUUACUCCAGCUUCAAAGGUACUUACAUUAGUAAAAGCAUAGAAAUAUAUCUGCAUACUCUAUUCUCUAACGCCACGUUUAGAGCAACCUACAGACUUGUAGAAAUGUAGCAUGCUUUAUAGGCGUCCAUCUUAAAUCUACUAUUACCUUUUUUUGAAGAUUUGGAUCUAUUACUAGCAUACUGAAAUAGUUCGUCUUGCAAGAGUACCACUUCAUUAAAAAGCAGUUUGAAAUCUUUCCUUCAACCUAACAAUUUUUCGUUCGAGAAGGCAGCAGCCUAAUACUGAAAUUAUCACUCACUCCCAAACAUUUACUGAGUACAAAGAUCUUUCUUUCACUCCAAAAGGAUACAAUCCUACUGAAAUUAUCACUCUUUCUCAAACAUGAACUGAACAUCCUCUCAUAAUGAUGGUUGCAUCAGUGGUUUAUAUUGGAAGCAAACCUGUUUUUUGGUAACUUCUUCUACGCUGGUGACUGUUGGCUGAAGUUAUUCCAGUGCGAGAACUGAGC